UUUGCCAUAAUGAACCGUCCAGCCCCUGUGGAGAUCUCUUAUGAGAACAUGCGUUUUCUGAUAACCCACAACCCUACCAAUGCUACCCUCAACAAAUUCACAGAGGAACUUAAGAAGUAUGGAGUGACAACUUUGGUUCGAGUUUGUGAUGCUACAUAUGAUAAAGCACCAGUUGAAAAAGAAGGAAUCCACGUUCUAACCUUUUCCUCACAGGAUUGGCCUUUUGACGAUGGAGCGCCACCCCCUAAUCAGAUAGUUGACGAUUGGCUAAACCUACUAAAAACCAAAUUUCGUGAAGAACCAGGUUGCUGUGUUGCAGUGCAUUGUGUUGCAGGACUGGGAAGGGCACCUGUGCUGGUCGCACUUGCUUUGAUUGAAUGUGGAAUGAAGUACGAAGAUGCAGUUCAGUUUAUAAGACAAAAAAGAAGGGGAGCAUUCAAUUCCAAACAGCUGCUUUACCUGGAGAAAUACCGACCUAAGAUGCGAUUACGCUUCAGAGAUACCAAUGGGCAUUGCUGCGUUCAGUAGAAAGAAAUGUAUACGAAGGCUGACUUGAUCGUGGCAUUUAGAGGGAACUCUUGGUACCUGGAAAUGUGAAUCUGGAAUCUUAACUGUGUCAUCAAAGUAGUGAUGGAUUCAGUACUCCUCAACCACUCCUAAUGAUUGGAAAAAAAACAAACAAAAAAGAAAUCCCUCUAUAACGUGAAUAAAAUGUUUAAGAAAAGAAAAAGAGAAAGAAAAAAAAGGAUUAAUUUAGUGAAGGAUGAUUUUGCUCCUAGUGUUGGAGUUUGAAUUUCUGCCAGGAUUGAAUUAUUUCAAAAUCUCCUGUCUUUUUAAACUUUCUCAAAAUAGGUCUCUAAGGAAAACCAGCAGAACAUUAGCCUCUGCAGAACCAUCUGUUUGGGGAGCACACUCUUCCAUUAUGCUUGGCACAUAGAUCUCCCUUUUGUGGAUUUCUUUCUUUCUUGGGGGCGGCGGGGGUGGGGGGGAAGCACGGUGUAUUUUUCCCUUCUUCUCACUUUGUUCUAUCCCUCUUUUUUCCCCUGAUACAAGUUGUAGGUGAAAUAGGAGAAGCCCAUGUUGCUAUAGAUGUGCGUGCAGUCUGGCAGCCUUAAGCCCACCUGGGCACUUUUAGGAAAAAAAACAAAACAAAAAAACACCAAAAAAAAAAAGAAAAAAAAAAAAAGGCAGUGGCGUAUAUAGUAUAUGAUCCAGGUGUUUUUUAGUCUUUACUGAUGAUGGGGUAUUCAUGUUAGUUUCUUUUCUUGAAAACCCUAUUCAACAUUAGGCAAAGUAGCCAGGAGCCUUUUUUGUUUUGAUAAAUUUGUGGGGAAAUGGCAUUUUAAGAGGAGUCUCUCAAAGAACUUAGCUGAGAGUCAAAUUCAUCUCUUUUCCAACCAAUGAAGCUAAGUGGAUGUCCCAGAGAUUGUUGUUUUCGAAAGGGGGGUACUCCAGGCCGUCACUAAAGAUAUGUCCAGGCUGAGAAUUAGCACACUUUCUACACCUUGUAGAAUUGUGGGCUGUAGCAUUACUCUGAUUUUCUGUCUGAUGAUGUCAGAGAAUGCUGUUAGUGUAAAGUUUUUAUUUUAGGACUUAUUUGUACUCUGAAUUUUCAGGAACAGUCAAAGGAGUAGCAGCAAAGACACAAUAUUUUAGACUUGAGAAAUGCCUGUAAUGGGUAUUUCCCAAACUGCCCCCUAUAUGUACAGUUCAGUUUAACCACUGAUUGCCUUGUUAUUUUCUUACUAGGUCCUUUGUGAGAUUAAAAAAAAUUUUUUUUUGCUGGUUCAAAACCAACAAUGCCUAGUGAGUAUGUGUCCACAGGCCAUAAUAGGGUAGAAGAGAGACAUAGAGCAGCUCAUUGUGUAGCAAAGGGACUGUGUGGCUAGUGCAGUGGUGUAGUAUCAUUUCUGCAGAUUCUUUGCUGGGUUCAAUGUACUGAUCUAGAAAAGCUGUUUUGCUGCUCCUUUGCAUUUGUGACCAGGCUGCAUUGACAAAGCAAGUUGGAGGAUACCAUCAGGGGCUCUUGCACUCUCCAGCUGAAUAUUACAUAAUUAAUAGUGCUCUGCUUCUAAGGAUUUGAAUAAAAUCUUACGGUCAUCUUGUCCUGUUGGAAUUUGCUGUGCAGAGCCAUAAACUUUCCAUUUCGUUAGGAUCAGCUAGGCCAGUAGGAAUGGACCGGGACCUUGUUUCACACUGAUGAUACCUCAGAUGUUGGCUGGCUAUGUGAACUGCCUAUUUCCUAUGCCGAAUUGUUUUGAUUUUUAAAUAAAUGAAAAUCUGUAGAUUCUCUUCUCCCCCAUCCCAGAAAACAAAACAAAAUAAUGCUUUUUGAAAUUGUUUCUAGGAUUUUAAAGUGAAAAAUGAUGGUACUAUCCAAAAUUCUUUAUUUCAGAACCUGACAGUAGAUUCCUUUAACAUAGGCUCAAGAUCAAAACAGCAUACCCUCUAAGCUCAGAUAGACUGUUGACUCCAAGGGUUUUGAUCAAUACCAGAACAAACCUUUUUCCUUUGACAUGCUCUGAGUUUUGUUGUUUGGAUGGAGGGAAGGAGGGAGGGGGAGAGAGAGAGAAAGGGAGAGUGAGCGUGUGAGAGAGAGAGAGUGUGUGUGUGUGUGAGAGAGAGAGAGAGUGAGCGAGCAGUAUCCACCAGUAACAGUGCCUGCCUGAGUUAGGAAAAUUACAUUCCUGGUUCUGUAUUAGGAGAAGGGUAUAUAAAGCAACAUGAAACAUCAGCCCUCAUUUUGUUUUAAAUUACAGACUAAUGUUAAUUGUUCUCAGAACUGGAUUUUCUUCAAAAUUAAACAUUUUUUUUCUUUUGGAUUUAAUGAAGUAUUGCUAGCUGAAGCCAGUUUGACAUGGUGAGAGAGAUGUCAGACUGAUGAAAGGUGUGCAGCCUGAUUUAAAACCAAACCCUGAGCCCUUUUAAAGAACAAUAAAACAUAUUUUACAUGCUC